AUGCUCGCGUUGAAACGACCCCAGGACGGGUUAGAUAGUUGUACCGUCAAUGUUUUACCCUGCCGCAUUCAUCAUGAUGGUCCUACCAAAGUGACCAAGAGGUAUUGGUGUCCGCAGAUCGAAAAAGGUACUUCAACCCCUUCAAGUUUGAACAGACUUGCUAGCAGAUCAUCUGUACUUAUCCCUCAACAGACGGUACCCGAACUGCCUAUUUUCGUGGUCGGAAACUGCGAGGCAGGGUGCUACAGUUGCCAGCCGGAUAUCAAGGUAAGUUGCUCAACGCAAAUCUCGCGCGAGUUCAACAUUGAAGGCGUGUCAGGAGUCGUCGCGAAACCUACCAAUCAACUUGUACAAACCUUGAAAGAUAAUUCAAGACCUACGUACACAACAGUAGACGACGAUAUUCAAAUUCAGGACAACGACGAUGAGCCCGCCGAGCCAGUUACAGUGCUAGAAGGACUCUCUUCGUUCGAUGAGGUGGUUGUCUGGGGUCAUGAUCAGGUCCCUGCACCUGACGAUGCAUUUGCAAAAGGUUUCAAUGAGUGGAUAGAAUUCGCCCAAGCCAUCCAUGGCAGACCGGACAAGCCAACCCAGCAAGGACUGGAAGACGAUACUUCCCAACCCAAUGCUUGA